AUGCUUUCAAAAUCGAAAUAUUAUCUUUUACUGUUUAGCAUUCUUUGCAUUGUAUGUCUUUGUAUUCCGGUCAUCGUUGCUAUUUAUCAAAAUAUCGAUCAUUAUAUUUUACCUAUUAAAAUUAGUAAAUAUUACUUACCGUUAUGUGACCAUUCAUCCAUUAUUAUUGACAAUCGUAUCGUUUUCGAUGAUGCAUCGCAUUUUAUUCAUCACUAUCCUGAAUUCAUCUGUUCACAAAAUUUUCGUAAUUUAGUUGAUUGGGUAUAUGGUUGGCCUGAAAAUUUAUUUAACGAACAUAUGGAAAAUACCAUGAAUGAUAGUUAUAUAGCUGUGGCUGAUCUGCCACACGGUAGUAUCAUCUAUAUUAAACCUGACGGUAUUUCACGCUUCUUUCAAACAAUUGAUCCCCGUUUACAGAAUCAAUUUGUAUUAAUUACUAGUCAAAGUGAAAUAUCAGUAACAGAAAAUGAACUUAAUUAUCUUGCAAGAUCUGAUUCCAAAAUCAUUCAUUGGUUUGGGCAAAAUGGAUGUAUCAAUGCGUCGCAAAGUGAACGAUUUACUAAUAUACCUAUCGGAGUAGACAUAAAUAGUUUGCCAAGUAUCUAUGAGCGAAAUCAUCAAUAUCCGUUAUGGUUAUCACCUCAUGAUGAUGGAAUUGAUUGUCAUCGAACAUGGGACGCUCUCUAUCUAGAUGCUAUUCCAAUUGUUUGA